AUUUAAAAGCUUGGCGUCGAUUUACGAAACUUCCGCCUUCUCGUCCAUUUCGUUAGCGAGCGCGAAAAGGGAAGCUGCGUAUGUAUUCUCUUCGAUGAAAUUUUUUAAGAAACAGCGGAAAAAUGGAUAAUCCGGGUGAAAUAAUGCGUUUUUGUAGACUGUGUUUAGUUAAGGACCAAGUUAAUAUUCCAAUUUUUGAAGAACAAGGUGAUAUUAGGCAAAUAUUUUUGAAAAUUAGUUCCUGUCUGCCGGUGAAGGUAUCUAGAGAAGACAAAUUACCAAAAAAAAUAUGCGAUGGAUGCUCGAAUAAGUUAGAUUUACUGUAUGAAUUUUGGAAUACGUCUGCGAAUGCCGAGAAGACAUUAUUGUCUUGGUUAGGGCAAGCCGGCGUAAAAGAUGUAGACCAAACCAUUACAGCUGUAGCACAGCAAAUUGCCAAGCCCUCUGAACCUCAAGUGAAAGAGGAGACUCCGGAGGAUGGCCAUGCAGCAGUGCAGAAUACUGAUCAUUUAGGAAUAAGCAAUUCUGCUGUAUUGGAUGAUAGUUCUGCCAAAGAUGAGACUGAAGAACCUCCUCCGAAGAGGGCGCGGCGCACCGCCGCAGUAAAAGCACAAAUUAACCUUACUCCUGACUCUGAAGAAGAAGACGAUGACCUGGACACUGCCGAGCCCAUGACUAAGAUUGAAGAUGAAAGCGAUGAAAGUGACAAUGAUGAUAAAGAUCCCUCAUAUGUAGAUGUACCUGGAACUAGUGCCGACGACCAGCCUGGUCCUUCAGGUGUCGGCAAGGAUGGCGCCGAAGCACCGAGUACAAAGGAAGAUUCUUCAAAUCCGUCAGUUAAGCUUCUUCAAUCUUUAUACUGUAACAAGUGCGGUGCUUCGUUCCAGAAUCUUGAAUUAUUAUACAGUCAUAUCAUCAACCCCGGUAGCAGCGAUCAUACUUUUCGAUGCGCUUCUUGCAACUGCAAUGUUGGAAACACCAUAAUUAAUCUUACGGACCACAUUCGCAAACAUUGCGACGAAGAAGUUGUUGCGGAAAAAGAAAGGACUAUUGCAGAAAGUCAGUCCACCAAACCAAGAUAUUUUUGUGAGAAAUGCGGAAAGGCAUUUUUUGUUUUUCAAGAUCUAUUCAAGCACGCGUCAGUUCAUGUCGAUGAUUUAAUUUGUUGUACGCAAUGUUCCGUUAAAAACUCUAGUUUAAGACAGAUCAUAUUGCACUUUCGGCAGCAUUGUGUCACGUAUGACAAUAAAACACCAAAUAAAUUACCGAUUAUUACAGAUAAAACGAGCGAAGAAACUGUGGCAAAUACAAACAAACCAAAAAGUAAAACUAUUUUGCAGAAUGAUAGUAGUAUUGAAAAUUCUAACUCCGACAACAUAAUAAAAAGUAAACAAAUUAUAUUUUGUGAGUUUUGUCGGCUUAAUUUUUUCUGUUUUUUGCGUUAUUUCAAUCAUAGAUCUUUAGUCCACAGUCAAGACUUGAUUUAUUGCAAAAGUGAUUGCGGGGAAAAGUUUACUGGCAUGUUCUUUUGGCGGGAGCAUUAUAAAUCUAGACACACAUAUAAUGAAUUGAGAAAAGACAUAAAAAACUGUAAAAUGAACAAAAAUGAUAGAAUCACUAUUUACUGCGAGGUAUGUGGCGAAGGAUUUGCAAACGCUUAUAACAGACAACUUCACAUAAUUAGUUUACACGAUAAUAGGUAUUUAAUUUGCGCUGUCUGUCAACAUCCAUACUCUAACAACUAUGCGUUUGCAGCUCAUUUGUCAACCCGACAUCGGAUUUUUAAUAAACAAACUUUUAAAUGUUUUGAGUGUACUAAACCAAUAUAUUUUUUGCAUGUGUAUCUAUAUCACGUUGGAACUCAUAAGUAUAAUGCUGAAAGUAAACAUUACCCUCGUUGUAGAAUUUGUAAAGUAAAAAUCCGUUCACAAAUUGCACAUGUAAGGCAUAUGAAUAAACAUAUGUCAUUCGCAUAUUUUUAUUGUUUUUUCUGUAAUAACAGUUAUAAAUUUAGUGAAGAACUUCAGCUGCAUAUGAAAUCUAAACAUGGGUCUUUAUAUUCUGAUUAUAACAGGUUUUUGUCAAUUCCCUGCAACAAAAACCGAUAUGAGUGUCCAAUAUGUAAAGAAAGUAUUCCAGAAAUGUACAUUUACCAACACUGGCGACUGGGGCAUCCGGAGUCCGUUUCUAAAAAAAAAGCUAUACUAGAUGAUUUUGCUAAAAGUAGUUUUUGCAAAUCGUAUAAGGAAUUACAAAAAGUAUCAGGUGCUAUUGGCAGUCAACUCCUUACCGGAGCAUAUCUCAUAAAAGAGACAAAUUUAGAGGUUAGCCAAAUAUUGGGAACGACUUCUAAUAUUGGUGGUAGCGAUACAAAAAGUGACAAAUCUGAUAACUCAACCAUAUUACCGGCUUCUGCCGAUGAAGUUCACAAAUCAGAUGAAGAUUCUACUGAAAGUAAUUUAGAUUCAUCGGUUCCGUCUCUUACAGAAACCAAAACACUAAAUAAAGAGUCCGUUUCUAGUGAAAUCAAGGUAGAUUCGAAUUUGUCACUCAAUUCUACUGAUUCAAGUAAGCUUCAAGAAAAUACAGACAUAUCCUCUUCUAAAGUUAACGAAGGCAAUAUGGCACUUAACCAAGGUAUUUCAAAUAAUGAACAUAAUAAGCAGAAAACUACUUUAAACCUUGAAACUACUUCAAAAUUGACUUUAAAUAAUCAGUCAAAAAAUACCGAUUCAAAAACUAGCUCAAAUUUAUCCAUAAGUCAGACAAAAGAAUGUUCUAGUAAAUCAAAUAGUAAAGAAACUGAAACUGAAUCCUCAAAUAAUGAACAUAAUAAGCAGAAAACUAAUUUAAACCUUGAAACUACUUCAAAAUUGACUUUAAAUAAUCAGUCAAAAAAUACCGAUUCAAAAACUAAGGAGUUAUCUAUAAGUCAGACUAAAGAAUACUCUAGUAACUCAAAUAGUAAAGAAACUCAAGCUAAAUCUAAGCCUACAUUGAAUGUUUUACCCUUAACCGAUACUUCUAAAUCAAGUUCGAAAGAGAAUAAAACAAAGUCUUUGAAAAAGCAAGAAUUAUCCCAACCCUUAAGUGCAACUUUUAGUUCCGCAGCUUUACCACGAAAUAUACCUACUUUUCCUGUACCUGAGCCUCCUGCAAAUACGUAUUACUACCCAUCCCAAGAAAAUGUUAAUUCUUAUGGAUAUAAUGCCACAAGCAAUAUACAGUAUCAGAAUUAUUAUCACCAAUCUAGUUAUGGUAACCAAAAUGAGCUGUGGCAAUCAACAAUGGCUGCUCAACCUGUUUGGCAAGGAAGUAUAAUUGCUGAGACAUAUGUUCAGCAACCAACAGAGUAUUUUCAUCUGAAUCAACAACCGAUAAUGCCUUCUCAGCCAGUAAAUUUUUCUCAGCAGCCAAUAAUACCCCCCCAAAAAAUUAAUUACGAAUGUAAAGGAUGCAAAAAGGUAUUUCCUAGUUUACCGCUAUUAGAAAUCCAUUUCCUAUUUUGUGGUGAAAUGGAAUUAGAAGUGCUAGAAGCUCCUAGAGACGACUGCCCCGCUUGUGGGUUUAUAUAUUCUGAUUUCUCCAACCUUAAAUCUCAUAUUUUUAAUACUCAUAACGAUUUCUUUAAAGAGUUUGACUUGAUUUCGAAAAUUUCUAAUUAUAUAUGUGUUACAUGCGGAUUCCUGUUUGAUAGCAUGCAAAACUUAGAAAUACAUAGACGGGAGCACAAUGUCUCUCGAAGGACAGACAAAACAUUUAGAGAUAAUAUAACGAUAAAGAUAAAAAAUAAUUACCUGUCAAAUACGGCUUCAAAAUCUGAGACAUCUAGUUCAAUAAAUAAGGAGGAAAAAGAAAGUCCUGCACAAGCCAAAUAUUCGGACAAACCCGUAGAACCUUCAUAUAGGUGUGAUCAAUGUGCAGCAUUAUUUAAGAGUUAUAAAGACUAUAUCAAACAUAAAAUUAGCCAUGAUGAUUCGGGCGAACAAGAAGAAAAUGCGGAAAAUGAAAGUCCUAUGCAUGUUCAAUAUUCAGACAAAUCCACUGGACCUUCAUAUAGGUGUGAUCAAUGUGCAAAAUUAUUUAAGAGUUAUAAAGAAUAUAUCAAACAUAAAAUUAGCCAUGAUAAUUCGGGCGAACAAGUAGAAAAUGAGGAAAAAGAAAGUCCUACGCAUGUUCAAUAUUCAGACAGAUCCAUUGGACCUUCAUAUAGGUGUGAUCAAUGUUCAAAGUUAUUUAAAAGUUAUAAAGAAUAUAUCAAACAUAAAAUUAGCCAUGAUGAUUCGGGCGAACAAGUAGAAAAUGAGGAAAAAGAAAGUCCUACGCAUGUUCAAUAUUCAGCCAAAUCCAUUGGACCUUCAUAUAGGUGUGAUCAGUGUUCAAAGUUAUUUAAGAGUUAUAAAGAAUAUAUCAAACAUAAAAUUAGCCAUGAUGAUUCGGGCGAACUAGAAGACAAUGACGAAAAAGAAAGUCCUCUACAGGCCCAAUAUUUAGACAAAUCCAUUGAACCUUCAUAUAGGUGUGAUCAAUGUGCAAUAUUAUUUAAGAGUUAUAAAGAAUAUAUCAAACACAAAAUUAGCCAUGAUGAUUUGAGCGAUAAAGAAGAAAAUUAUCUGUCUAAUUUGAUAGACCCAUCUUCGGUUAAUUUAGACUUGCCGUCGUCAGCUAAUUUAGGGUUUUUAAAAGAGGACGAAUCAAAGAAGAGACGAAAACUGCAUAAUUCGGAUUUAGAAAACAUUAAGAAAAGAAAAUUUUGCUGUCAAAUUUGCGAGCAAGACUUUUGUAAUCCAUCAAGUCUUGGCGAGCAUGAUUGUCCCGGUCCGUUCUGAUUCCUAUUGUAUGUUAAGCAUUGUGUUGUAAAUUGCGCGGAAAUAUAUUUUUGGAAAUAUUUACCGAAACGAAAUGUGGAAACAUUGCAAAAACAUGAAUGGCUAAAAAAAUAAGAAAAAAACUAAAUAAUUAUUUAAAAAUAACAUAACUAAAAACAGAACGCUUAUACAUGAAUACGAAUAAAGAUUUAAACAUUAAAAAAAUACAAAUAGAAAGAUCAAUAACAAAUGCAAAUAAAUCGGUGAAUCGUCGAAGUCCAGUUACUCAGUUUGUGAAAAUGCUAUUUUUAAUUUAAUGCUGACUGGUUUACGCAAUACCUACAGGGCGUUUGAAAAAACAUUUAUCAUCUCUCGUGGGGAUAUUUUUCACUUAAAAUAAGGUUUAUUUUUCAUAUUAACAUAGGU